AUGGCCAACGACAUCACACCCAAAAUCUUUGACUACGAGUUUUUUCAGAGAGUAGAGAAUGGGAAAAAUGUGACUCCUGCUUGUUACUCUGGAGUUCCGGACAAGAAAACUGAACUUGUAAAUCGAGGAAGAGUGAUGUUAGAAGAAGGUGCUAAGCCCCGAAACCCUGGACACUCUUCGUUGAUGGUUGUGGAAAAGAUGGAAAGUGUUAAAACAUGCCAUCAGUGCAGUAUUUUUGAUGGUAUUAAAUUGGUUGAUACGGGGAGCAUGUCCUUGAAGUCAUACAGAAUCCAACUUGGCUAUGCCCCCUUUGUAGCGGAAUUUGCAACUGUAGCUUAUGCCGCCAAGCAAAAGGAUGACCCCCAACUGGCCCUUUAUAUAAAAAGGUUAUACCAAAAUUUGUUUUAUUACCAUCAUAAUGUUGUUUAUCCGAAGAUUGAUUUGAAGCUAAGCUCAAAUCUCCUUAUUUUAGAUACCGGCUUUGGGUUACAAAUCAUUUGCACACUACCUUAUUCAAACCCGGCGUGCAGAAAUGCAGAUGCUUCCAACUCAGUUUCAGCAAGAAGGUCACUGCCCUUCUCUGAUGUGGACAACAAGUCUCUUAAGGUCAAUGAGAAUCAUCUGGGAUCAUUGAAGCCUCUUGCUGAAACUGAAGGUGAUGGUGCUGAUGUUUCAACAAAGAGAUUGCUUUUUUCUGAAGAGUAA